AUGUUGCAGCAGGGAUACCUCAAAGAGCUGUUGAUCGACAAGGGGAGAAACAACUUUGCCAGAGGACGUGAACGCCAAGGCCCACCAAAUUCACUGUCACCAUCUCGCACUAUCAACAUGAUAAUCAACGGCAGCGAUGACACCUCCAUCAACGACAUUAUAUUCACUGCCACCCACAAGCUCAAAAGAUCCAUCACCUACGAAUGGUAUGACGGACUCGAAGAAAGUAUCAUCUUCGAUGAGUUAGAUGCCAACGGUUUGACUUUCCCUCAUAAUGACGCUCUCGUAAUUACUUUGUGCAUUUUAGAUACUGAUGUCAAACACAUCAUGGUGGAUGAUGGAAGUGGAGUGUGCAUUAUCCAUCCCCGAGUCCUCACCCAGAUGAGACUUGAGGACAUUAUAGUGUCGCGCUGCAUCACGCUAACCGGUUUUAAUAAUGUAGUUGAGCAGACAUUGGGAGAAAUUACACUCCCAGUCUUGGCCGACAGCGUAACAUUGGAGACGACAUUCCACAUUAUGGACUAG